GCCGCCAUAUUGCUGGAAAGUCACCCGUUUGCGGGCCGCUCGCUCGCUGCCUCGCUCGUUCUCUCUCCCGGAAUCCGCGCCCUCCCUCCCUCGCCUGCCCGGCAACGAGCGACCGCUACAUUGAUGAAGCCUGUCUGCUGACAAAAAGGCAGCAGGAGCGGCUCUCCUCCUCCUCCUCGCCCUCUCUCCUCCCCCCCCCCCCCCCAUCGAGCCAUGUCGACUCUCACCCACAGGAGCUCCGGCCUUGUCCAGAGGAAAACCGAAGCUUCCAGAAACGCGGAGAAAAUCUCCGAGGACGACGAGGACCAGAGGGACGAGCAGGACCAAGAGGGCGAGAAGUGCGACUCCAAAGAAACUCGCCUCACCCUGAUGGAGGAAGUCUUGCUCUUAGGCCUGAAGGACCGGGAGGGUUACACAUCAUUUUGGAAUGACUGCAUCUCCUCUGGGUUACGCGGAUGCAUGCUGAUUGAACUGGCAUUGAGAGGACGCUUGCAACUGGAAUCUUGUGGCAUGAGACGCAAAAGCUUACUAACAAGGAAGGUUAUUUGUAAGUCAGAUACCCCUACGGGAGAUGUAUUGCUUGAUGAAGCCUUGAAACAUGUUAAGGAAACACAGCCUCCAGAAGCUGUACAAAGUUGGAUUGAACUUCUUAGUGGUGAAACAUGGAACCCAUUAAAGCUACACUAUCAGUUAAGAAAUGUCCGUGAGCGAUUGGCUAAAAAUCUAGUGGAGAAAGGUGUACUGACCACAGAGAAACAGAACUUCCUGCUGUUUGACAUGACAACGCAUCCUCUUACCAACAAUGUUAUCAAGCAGCGUCUCAUCAAAAAAGUGCAGGAAGCAGUUCUGGAUAAAUGGGUGAAUGACCCUCAUCGGAUGGACAAGCGCUUGCUUGCCCUCAUUUACUUAGCGCAUGCCUCAGACGUACUGGAGAAUGCUUUUGCCCCUCUCCUAGAUGAACACUAUGACUUGGCCAUGAAAAGAGUACGACAGCUGCUGGACCUGGAUCCUGAAGUUGAAUCUAUGAAGUCCAAUACAAAUGAAUUGCUUUGGGCUGUAGUGGCAGCCUUUACCAAGUGAAAUAUAUAGAAUUAAAUGAUUAUUUGCUUUCCUGUUUUUCUUCUCCCAUUACAAUUCUGGUUUUCAAGUUGUAAUGUUCUUUCCAAGAAAUUUCUUCUUUCCUUUCAAACUUGCUUAAAGAUUUUGAUUCGAGUCAAUCUUAGAAGACUGCUUCAUAAAUGGCCUAUGAAACGCUGCAUUUCUUACAGCCAAAGAGGUACUGUAUCGUUUUUGUGGCCUUUCCAAUUGUCUUUCUCCUUCCCCCCCCUCCCCCACUAUAUUUAAAUGAUAGUGUUGAAAAGAAGUUCAAGUGCAGUUUAUUCCUGAUAAAUUCAUAACUAGGUCAACCAAGAUUUUUUGUCUGUCAGUAUUUUUAUGUAAUUGAAGUGAAUGGGGUUGAUACUUGGAUCAACCAUGCAUUUAUUUGGAUUGUAAACUGCAUUGCCAUUUAAAACAUCAGUCAUAAUGCAUUUGGGGGUUCAAAAUGGUGCGCUACAAACACUAAAUAUCUGCCGCCUUAUUACAUUAUUUUCUGCAACGGAUGAAAACAAUGUCAAUCCUCCCAUAUUGUAAUGUAAGAGAAUGUGUAUAGUAUUUUAUUUCCCAUCCCAUACUUUGAAAGCUAGUUACUUGACUUUCUAAAAUGUUGUAUGCAUGGACCUCUAAAUUGAAGUGAAGUUAUGCAAUAUUAAUUUGUUUCUGCGUGGCAUCCACUGUAUAAUGCUAUCAGAAAUAAUUUUGCAUUUAUUGUGAAACUAAUGAUCUGUUAAGACAUCACUACUUACAAUAGGCAGACACACAGACAUGACAACCACAAAAUAAUUCAUGGCCGAGCAGGGUAACCUUUUCUUCUGGUUCAUGUCUGGGGAAACAUGAGGAAAUAUGUUUAUUCACAAUUUAUAUUUUCUUAGUCAAGUUCUCCAACAUUGAGAUUAGGUUAAAAGUACAUUUUCCCCUCUUUUCAAUUCUGCCUCCAUAUCAGGACAGAAAAUGUCUCUAAAAAAUGCGUAACUUCUGUUACAAUUUGUAAGUUUAUAUGUCUUUUGUUACGUAUCUACUUUUUUGUAAGACAUCUCUUUUAAAUUAUUACAUCAAUUUAGUUGACGGAGGAGGCCUUCUAACAGUGAUCCAUAAAUUCACAAAUUUUAAUGGAAGCAAUUCUGGGAUAGCUAACAUUCCAGUAUAGUGUGUAUAUAGUUCAACUUGUAUAUUUACCUAUUCCACCCGUUUUUUGCAAGAUAAUGAAUUGUACUCUUGUUCUCAUCUGUGCUUAAACACUGAUAUGGUGGAAAGGGGCUUUUUUUUCUGUAAAGCAUGUUGAAAACUACUUUGUGAUUUUGAUGUAUGUGAAAAAGUACCUUGCAGUUACUUGGACUCCUACAUAACCUUUUAUGUUAUUCAAUGCGAAGUCCGACUUGGUUGUAAGUCAUUGUAAUACAUACAUUUCAUGUCAAAGAACGUUUGUGAUUGGAAACGAGAUGAGCGCAUUUUUUUAAAUUUCUCAGUUCUUUGUACUAUUGGUUGUAAAAUGUCCGUUUCGUUUCUUGCAUAAAUUGUUACUAAUUUCUGUUAAAAGUUAAUUUGGAAAUUUUUUAUAGGCAAGGCAUGUGAAUAGGUACAAGCAAAUUCAGCCACUAAUUAUUAAGGGUGUUUCUUUGUGGAAUAGUGAAUAUUCCGAUUAUGGCGCAAAUUUUAUUAGUUUUACAUAUAAUUAGUUUCAGUAUGUCAUAUGAAAUUAUUGGCUUUUUAACCUGUGAGCUCUUUCCACUGCUUGCUUUUACUGCUGCUGGUUUCACCAUAUUUAUGUAAAUAAUAACGAGAUGAUUAGCAAAAGUGAUUUGUGAUAUAUUACAAAUGAAUGAUGGGGCUUACAGGUGUUUCUGAAUUAUUUUUGUUUAAGAAUUCAAUACAACAGUACAAAAUGGUGUAGAACUGUAGAUUUGAAAUUAAAGGGAUCCCUCAUCUGUAUACUAGCUUUAUACUUUUCAGUUAAUAAACUAUGAUUUUGAAAAUGU